UACGGGUUUUUGGAGAUAAAAUGCUCAGUACUGCGACAACAUUGGUGAAGGUGGGCAUGAACCUGUCAUCUCGGCUCCGCGCAGUUCCCACGUUAUCGCAACUACGUUAUCAUCAGAAAUUUAGUACAUCUAGCCGGUGUUUGAACAAUGAUGAUCCUAAUUUUUAUGAGAUGGUGCAGGAAUAUUAUGAUAAAGGAGCUGCCAUAAUAACAGAUAGAUUAGUAGAUGCAUACCCAGGAAGGAUUCCAAAAGAAGAUAAAGUAAACAGGGUCAAAGGAAUUCUGGCUCUUAUCAAGCCAUGUAACCAUGUCCUGAGUGUGGUGUUUCCUUUGAGACGAGACAAUGGUGAUUGGGAGAUGAUUGAAGGUUACCGUGCCGAACACAGUCAGCACUGUACACCCUGUAAAGGAGGAAUGCGUUAUAGCAUGGAUGUUAAUGCUGAUGAAGUACAAGCUUUAGCUGCAUUGAUGACAUAUAAAUGUGCGGUUGUUGAUGUUCCAUUUGGUGGUGCUAAAGCUGGUGUCAAGAUUGAUCCUCGCAAGUAUUCAGACUUUGAGCUUGAAAGAAUUACUCGAAGAUUUACCUUAGAAUUGGCUAAAAAGAACUUCAUUGGUCCUGGUGUGGAUGUUCCUGCACCAGAUAUGGGUACGGGUGAGAGAGAGAUGAGUUGGAUGGCAGAUACAUAUGCUCACACUGUUGGUUACAAUGAUAUCAAUGCUGCUGCCUGUGUAACUGGUAAACCAAUUAGUCAAGGUGGCAUCCAUGGACGUCCCUCUGCCACUGGACGUGUAAGUCAAAGUUAUUAG